GUGCUUUGUAGCUCUUGCGAAUCCCAGACAGCGGUACCCGCACCGUUGGACAGAUUCUUCGCAUCCUCAUUGUAAGUGGGAAGGUAAAUCCAGUCCUUGUUUCUGUAACUUGGCCGGAAGCAGAAGUGAGUCAUAUUUUCUGUGAACGCGUCAUGAAUUCCAUGAAGCCUGAAGAGAACCAGUCAUCCAGUGCUACAGAAAAUGGCCAGAGUACCAGUAAAGUUUCAAAGGAUAUGGCCAUCAAGCAGACCUGCCCUAGAAGACUUGCUAUUCAUCUUCUACCUGACAUAAACGAGUGUGGUGGGACCAGUAAGCUUAAAAGUGAAGUCAAGCAUGAAGCAUCUGUGGAAAUCCAGAACCCAGACUGGGACACCCAUAAAAAAUGUUAUUUUACUUUUACUUUGAAUGAAAACUCGAGGAAAUCUGACCGUAGUAUGUUUAAAGCAUAUGGUAAACCCCAUGAGAGUAUCUACUCAGCUCUGAGAGCUAAUGACAAUUUCAGUGAAAGGAUGGAGAAUCAUUUGAAUAAGCACAUUCUUGUUUUUGAAGAAAAAACAAUAGAAGGAUAUAUAAAUUUAGGAAUGCCUCUCAAGUGCCUACCUAUAGGGUCCCACUUCAAAAUAAAAUUUAGUCAAAGAAAGGGUAACCAGGAAGGUGAUCAGAUCUUGCGCCAGUGUGAAAAUCCAUACAUGGAAUGCGUUCUUUUUCACAUUGUUGCUGUUGGGAAGAGGAUAAAGAAGAUUCUUAAGAUCAAGGAACUUCAUGAAAGAGGAACUACACUUUGUAUCUAUGCCCUAAAGGGUGAGACUAUCGAAGAAGCUCUAAGCAAGGAUGGCCGAUUUCGGUCUGACCUGGAUGAAUUUAAAUGGAAAAUAAUAGAAGAUCAUAAGAUAAUUCAUGGAAAGCAUUCCCUGGUGGAUGAUGUGUCUGGAAAAACCUUAGAAAUGGACAUUUUUAAGAAAAACCUUGCCAGGAAAGGUACCCAUAAGAAAAUUAAACAGGAGAAUGAAAAUACCACUGAAGAAAUCUGUCCCUGGGAUCUGAUACAGUCUGAGAUCAGGGAACACGAACCAGAGGAAGAUGAGGAGACUGAAGAUGUAGAAUACAACAGAGAAAAAAUUCUCCCAGCUCGGAAUCUAGGGCAUGAUAUUGAAAGUAAAAAACAACGGACAAUUUCCAGAAUUAGUAAGUAUUACAAUAAUAGUUUCAACAGAAAAUACAGGAGAAACAACUCACAGGUUAGGCAAAGGCCCCAUCCAGGUAUGGAACAUGUUAAUCAAUAUAUCCAAAGGACGGCAAUUAACCUCUGGCUGAAGAAUUUCCAAAGGUUGAACAAAGUGAUAAUGGAUCAGUAUCCGAAUUUUAAGGAAGAGACUCUCUGGAUGAGAAAGUAUUUUCAGGAUGAACAGAAGAAAACCAAACUGCUACCAUUUCAACAAUUCAACAUUUAUAAAAAGUACUUUGGAAAAGUGACUGAAAAUUCUACUUCAGUUGCAAUCUGUGAAGAUCUUAUUCAUCUUAGUAAGUCAGUUGGGUUCAUGAAAUGGGACAAUAAUGGAAACACAGGCAACGCUACUUGCUUUGUCUUCAAUCAUGGUUAUAUUUUCACCUGUCGACAUGUAAUACAUCUUAUGGUGGGAGAAGGCACAGAUCCAAGUUUGUGGCCAGAUAUAAUAAGCAAAUGUGCAAAGGUAACUUUUGCUUAUAAAAAGUUCUGUCCUAUGGAUGUUGAUUGGUUUUCCAUUGAGCCGUGGUUUGAGGUGUCUGAUGGAACUCUAGAUUACGCCAUUUUAAAGUUAAGAAAAAACGUAAAUGGAUUUCCUCCAGGCCUGUUUGGACAGAUUCCCUCUCCACCAUCUAGUGGUUUGAUUUAUUUAAUUGGUCACCCAGAAGGCCAGGUCAAGAAAAUAGAUGGCUGUGCUGUGAUUCCUCCAAAUCAGCGGUUAGAGAGGUACCCAGAGCAUCAUCAAGAUGGGGUGGUAGGUCCCCAUGCUGCCACUUAUAAUGCUUUUUCUAUGUUUACCCAACGAAGUUUCCUAUCAGAGGUUUGGAGCACAGAUACACUUAGCUAUGAUACUUGUUUUUCCAGCGGGUCCUCUGGCUCCCCAGUGUUUAAUGCAUCUGGCAAGUUGGUUGCUAUGCAUACCAUUGGGCAUUUUUAUAAACGUGGAGAUAAAGUAUAUGCCCUUAUUGAAUUUGGCUAUUCUAUGGAGUCAAUUCUUUGUGAUGUUAAACAGAAAAAUGAGAGUUUAUAUAAAUUAUUAAACGAAGAGAAAAACGAGAACCAUGAUGAAGACCAAAAUAACAAGUCAUUUCAAGAUCAUCAGAUUGAACCCAUGGAACAUUAGGAAAAAGAUGUUUUCAAGAAAAUAUGCUAAUAAUUUAGAGUAUU